AUGUCUUUGAGACUGAAUGGGCGCCGCACACGCCGCAACAGCAAGCCAGAGGCGGCGCCGGCCUCCUUGAAGGCGAAACCGCUCGACAUCCUCCCUGAUCUCUCAGAAGUGGACGAAGGCCGCACAUCUCUUUCUUCAAUCUCCUCCUUCGACACUGCAUCCAUUCACAGCCGCCGCGGCGCCCAGAGUCCCAGUACCUCCUUCGCAAGCCGGCUAUGCUGCAGCGGCAGCAAAAACUCCUUCACCGAACGCAAGCGCACAUCGCGUCGCGUCGUCCUCACUGGCGUCGAGGGCCUGACAUUCGAUGACUUCUUUCCCGCCUCGAGCGCGCCGCCCCACCCCUCGCCCGCGCCGCCUCUCUACGAAGACCCCAUCAGUGAUUGCGAGCCAUCGCUCGACGACGUCAACGUGCGCUUUUCCGGCCUCGGCAUCUCACUCGACUGUCCUUCCCCACCCGCUGAUGUCCCUCGCUGGCGUGUGCGUUCUCCGACGCCAUCUGUGGCGAGCAGCGCGACAUCCAGCACGGCAUCCAGCAGCUCGAGCGUCAGCUCCCGUUCUCGCAGACGAACGCACGCCACCCCACCGACGUCUGACGACGAAUCGCAAUCAUACCUGUGCCGCGCGCCAACGUGCAAGUCGCGUCGGGCUUCGAUUGUGUACGCACGAUCAACGCCGGACCUGAACGAGUCCCAUGCCUCGGAAGAGGAGGGCGUCGAUUCUGAUGCGGAGUGGUUCGCACGCGAUAUCAGCGACGUGGUCACGCUUUCGACUCCUCUCCCUCCAUCUUCGGUCCUUCCUCAAGACACGCGCGCUCGCCCGGACUCGUUGAUGCCACCUCCCCGGCGCGCUAGACGGAACAGAAACGGCAAGCCUUUCACCAUAAUACCUCCCAUCUCGCGUCCCACAACGCAGUGUCUGCCGAGCGCGCAACUCGACCCCACAUUCCCACAAUCCGGAAGGUCUUUUCUGAUCCCUGACCGUUCACCACCGCCACCUCCGAUCAAGAUUACACGAUGUUCCACGUCGACGAUGGAGGCGGCGACGGAGGAGCUGCUUGCUCAGUUGGCGAGCGCUGCUCUGGGUAAUGGAUUCGCGGGGACUGGUUUGAGCGCGACGCGUGGUGUCAGCCCGGCCGUGUCAGUUCCUGUGACUCCCAGCAGCGCGUAUGUUGUGAAGCCAUUAGCCAGCAUACGUCCGCCGCCUCGCUCAUCAAUACCUGCCGAUGUCGAGGACCUCGCUGACGAGGUGGAGCUGGUGCUGCCCGAGAUCGUCAAGGUCUUCCCUAUCACGCCGAUGAGUGCGAACAUGCCGAGUACGCUCCCGGUCUCGCCCUCGUCUGCGUUCUCCUUUGAUGUGGAUGUCACACACGUUGAUGGCAGCAAGCCCGCCGGUGCCAGCAACACCGAGGCGGACUUGACUGCGCAGACGUUCCCGGACACUCCCACUGAGUCGCUGAGCUUCGCGUCGGCGCCCUCCCUGCGCUCUCGGUGGUCAAGCUCGACGCUUGGCGCGCUUGCAGAGCGCGAUGGACCUGCGGGCUCGUGGCUGACGAAGCUUAACAUUUCGGCGACCAGGAGGAACAAGGGCCGCGCGGGCAUCUUUUCCCCCGUGAGCGUGCUGUCUGCGGCAUCUCCAUUCGGAAAUGCGCCGAAGCCGUCGUUCGACCUGGAGUACCGCGAAAGGAGAGAUAGCAGAGGCUCUGAUAUGAGCAGCGACACUAUCACUAGCAAAGCGAAGUCGAAACCCGUGGAAGUGUCUGUUCGCACUUGAUUCGUUGCCCGUCCGAAUGCGAUUAGAGCUCUGUCUCCGCACGUUACGACAUAACUUUAAACGACUGCACGUUUUUUUCUUGUUCUAUUUACUCCUGACCAUCUGUAGCGAUACAUUGUGACAACGCUCCGACUAUGUCGUACGGACUCUUCCGUAUUUUGUGCUUUGCUAGUCCGAAUCUGAUCCAUCUUGUAUCAUUGUUUUUCUAAUACCGCUCGCAACAUUCAUCUUCGAUACCUCACAAUGACGCCCAUUUGAUCUCUUGCAUCAAUAUGAAUACACUCGGC